GACAGAGGCCCCGCCCUCUUCCGCCAACGCAAGGCCGAGAGCAGGACAUCUGCGAAGCGCCCGGGCGGUGCUAUGAGCGCCCGCCCGCCCUCCUGUUGCUUGCACAACCCGGCUGCUAGUUAACCGGCUGCAAGCAUGGUAAGUUAGAGAAGGUGCUUUCUUGUUGCAGGUUCUUUGCACGGUGGCUUGCAAAGCUAGCUUAAGAGAUCCCUCCUGGUGCAAAAGCGGCGGAGGCACUGAGGGAGGUGGAGCCGCUCAGGUGAAAUAGGUGGACGAGUUAAUGCAUAAGCCAAGUUAAACGCCCUGCCCUUCUUUAAAGGAGGGGUGGGGCGGGAGGAAGGGUUUUUUGUGUGUGUGCUUAGGCUCAAGACUCGAAGAUGGGGAGAAUCCCAAUGUCUUAAGGUGAUACUCUCUUUUGCAUUUCAACGGAUCUCUCUGAAAGCUGUAGUAUUUCUACGGCUACGACGGUUGUACUCUUGUUAGGCACACGGCCAGUCAUAAAAUACGGUGGUUUGGCGUCCUAUAAGAACCGUGGCACCUUUGAACCCAGCAGAGCAAGGGGAUGGGCAGUGGGGGGAGGGAUGGAGAGACCGUCUGGCAUUUUCUGUUUUUAGCUAGGGGGUGAGGAGGGACUAGCCAGGUUUUUUCCCCCAGGUGAAGCCUCCAGAGGGGCGCCAUUGAGGUUCCCAGCAUGUGUGUAUAUGCGCGCACAAAUGCAUGGGUGAAAUAAAGCCUAAUUUUGUCCCUGGCUAGGUGUAAAUAUUGCUUUAAGAGCCUUCAGCCUUGAGAUUGCUGCUCCUGUUUUUGGGAGGGACUGAAGCAGACAGGUGAAAGAGGCAUUGAAAUCAGCCUUUCCCAGCUUUGGGUACCCAGAUGUUGUGGGAUUCUGUUGUUGUUUAGUCAUUUAGUCGUGUCCAACUCUUCGUGACCCCAUGGACCAGAGCACGCCAGGCCCUCCUGUCUUCCACUGCCUCCCACAGUUUGGUCAAACUCAUGCUGGUAGCUUCGAGAACACUAUCCAACCAUCUCGUCCUCUGUCGUCCCCUUCUCCUUGUGCUCUCCAUCUUUCCCAACAUCAGGGUCUUUUCCAGGGAGUCUUCUCUUCUCAUGAGGUGGCCAAAGUAUUGGAGCCUCAGCUUCAGGAUCUGUCCUUCCAGUGAGCACUCAGGGAUGAUUUCCUUAAGAAUGGAGAGGUGGGACUCUAACUCCCAUCAACCCUGACCACUGGUCUUGCUAGCUAGUUGGGAUGAUGGGAGUUGUAGUAAAAAAAAAUCUAGGUACCCAAGCUUGGAAACAUCUGGUUUAAAGCACACACACCCUCCCAAAAAAGGACUCUGGGAACUGUUGUUUGCCCCUUAUAGAGCUUCAAUUCCCUGUAUCUUUAAACUACAGUUCCCAGGAUUCUUGGGGGGGAUGUGUGCUUUAAAUGGAUGGUGCAUACACAGUCAAUGUUUCAUGUGUGAGUUUUGGGGGAGUGGAGGAUGUUGUUGCCUUUUGGGUAAUACAUUUUGCAACUUUUGCCAUCCCCAGCUGAAGCUUGAAAGGGAGUUGCUAUACCUUUUUAAGUUCCAAGUAAGUAGACAAAGUAACUUCUGUUGUAUGCCUGAAUUAGCUUUUCAUGCAUCUGUUGUUUAUAACUGGGUCCAGGAAGUUAGAAAAUUGCAUUUGUUGGUGUGACGUUCCCCCUUAAAUGCUUUUGGCAGUCUGCUGUAAUGAGAAGCAUGUGAACUUUAAUGGUUUGUGGAAAGCAUGUGGAAAGCGUUUUUUGUUUCCUAUGUUGGAGAGGAAAGGGGGGAAAGCACAUCAGAUUUGUGAGGCAUUAAACAUACACACCCACAGCCUAGGACUCAUGGUCAGAAGCAUUAGAUAGGGGAAGCAAGCUGACAAGAGGCAUGAUACUCAGUGGGUAAGGAAAUGGUUAAAGCUAGUGGCUGUCAACACCAAGGAUGAAGAAUCCUAGUAACAGGUUUACUCAUAAGCCUGCAAACUAAAGUAAAACAUCAUAGGUUGGGACCAGUUGUGUUGAUGUUCCACUGCAAUCAACAGGGCUUGAGUUAGUCAUGACUAACUUAAGCUCUACUGACAGCAGUGGGACCUAAAUGCAACUCAUGCAGUUUGGAACCAACCCUUUGCGACCUUUAUAAAUAGACAAUUGCCAAAUGAAUUGGAAGCUGUUUACUUUAGGACCUAAUUACAAGCAGCAAAGGGAUUGCUAGUGGAUACCUUGUUCAGACUUACCACAAAUGCAUGCUAUCCAGAUAUUCUGGACCUUGGCUGCUCUCUCCGUUCCUAACUGUUGGCCAAACUGUCUAGGGGUAAUGGGAAGAGGUGUCCCACCAGCAUCUGCAGACUUAAGGUUGAAGGACACUGUUCUCUACCCAUCAUUUGUGUCUUCUGAAUGUCUUCAUGCUGGAUGCCUGCCAUUUUUAACAGUGGCACAACCUCACAGACCCUGCACAGGGAUGGGGAACUUGCUGAACUCCAGCUCCCAUCAGCCCCAGUCAACAUGGCCAGUGAUCAAGGAUGAUGGGAGAUGGGGUCCAACAAGAUGCUGCAGGUUCUCCAUCCCUGCCUUAGCAGGUGAGGCCUUCUCUAGGCUUGUCUAUAUGACUUCUGUAUGCAUCCUUGAUGGAUGUAAUCUCUCUCCAUUUCUGGGCAGCAUCUGAAAGUUGGGCAAAGCCUGCCAAAUUAAGUGUGCUAGGAAGAGAAUGUUGUCUUCAAACUGAAUAGAUGAAAUCAAGGAGUGUCACUUUAAAAUCCCAUUCUUGCAUUGUAUGGCGAGGUUGCGUAAUUAAAGUGUUGAUUUGUUUAACCUAUAAAAGGGUGGUUCAGUCCCUCUUUUUCCCCCAUGGAAAGAAGUGUUUUUCUCCAUAAGACUGAAAAGAAUUGAUUUAUCCUUGCUUAGUCAUCACUACCUUAUCUUGUUGUUUUUUUGUCAUGGUCCGGGAUUUGCAAGAGUUGUGGCACAAUCCCACUCCCAGAGACGUAUCCCUUUCAGGAGUGGAGAGUGCUUUUUGCAGUUGCCUUACCUGAAUUUGUUUUUAGCCUUCCAUUAAUUGCUGGAGUACUAACCACUUCCAAGGAUAAAGUGGAAGAACCGCACCAGUGUGUGCUGCCUUGACAGCACCGACAUCCAUCUUAAAACUGAAUGCGAGCUCUUGAAACAUCCAUUCACAUGAUAGAGGUGAACCCCUGUUUUCCUUUUCUCUGGUCAGUUGCCUCCUCCCUUCUAGCAGGCGGUUAUUGGAAGAGCAAAAAGCAGUGGGCUCCGGCAGCCUCCCUUCCUCCUGUCCCUUCUCCUUUAUUGUUGCUAAGAUACCUUGUGCCAGCUUAUCUACUGAUCUCACUCAAAGGGCAAAGGCUGGAGCUUUAUUGCACUGAGCAGUGUUUACUCAGUGCAGCUGCACUUCAGCAAAACAAUUGGCUGAGAUGAAAAUGGGAAGAAACCCCUUUGAGUGACUCCCUGAAUAUUCCCUGCGGGGUGUAGGGGUGAGGGUCCUGAGACCCUGCAGAUACUGUUGGACUGGAAACUCCCAUCAUACCUGACUGGUUGGGGCUGGCAGGAGUUGGUAGUCCGAAACAUCUGGAGGGUGCCAGAUUGAGGAAAGGCUGUUCAUAGUCCUCCGUGAGCUUGCUGUUUUACAGUAGGGUGGCUCUCUAAUGGUUGCUGAAGUGAAUCUCCAACCAUACCUGACCACUGGUCAUCCUGGUGGGAGCUAAGGGGAAUAAAACAACAUCUGGAGGAUCAAAGGAAAGCCCCCCUCUUUUGGGGAUUCCAGCCUUGUGAAGGUUUCUCUUCCUCAAACUCAGCCCUCCAUAUGUUUUGAGACUACAGUUCCCAUCAUCCCUGACCACUGGUCCUGCUAGCUAGGGAUCAUGGGAGUUGUAGGCCAAAAACAUCUGGAGGGCCGAGGUUGAGGAAGCCUGCUCUACACACUAGCAGUGUGAGUUACCUCAUACACAACAGAAGCCUCAAGAACCGCAUAUACAUGUAUGUGUGUGUGUUUAUAUAUGACCAGAGUCUUGAACAAUCCACAUCUUCAGCUGGUUUGUAAGAUGGUCAAAGCAGGAACCUACCAGGCACCGCCUUAAUGAUGCUUCCCUGAUCUAAUAUGAAUACUGUUUUCAUAGAAUUGCAAAGUUGGAAGGGUCCCUGAGGUUCAUCUGGUCCAACCCCCUGCAAUUCAGUAAUAUGAAGCUGUCCCAUAUGGGGAUCAAACCUGUGACCAUCAUCAGUCAUCAGAACCAUGCUCUAACCAACUGAGCUAUUCACAAAAGCUUCUUUGUUGUCCUUUUAAGAAACCACAGUGGCGUCUAGUCCAAGCAAAUUGCCCUAACGGGAAAGACAGGCUAAUUACACAAAUAGUUGAUAUUCAGUUAUAAAACAAUGUAGAGUAAGCCCACAACUUAUGCAAGUUUAACUUGUGCACAUUCAGCCUUGGUUGCUUGGCAAAAACAAAUUCUUUGCUGUGUUUUAGUUGUUGAAAAGCACAACCCACCAGCAUAGUGCUGUCAACUCAUGGAUUCUGGUACUUUAGGGCAAGUGGGCACUGCCCUGCCAACCUCAGUUGGUCCAAAGCCAGCCCCCAGCCCCACCCUCUUAACUGCCUUCCUACUUGCAGGGAUGAAAUUGCCUGCCAGCUUCCUCCACCUCAGCAUCCAUCUUGCCCUUAGAGAACUCUGCAGAGAUGAGGAAGUGGUCCAAGCUAGAACGUGUUGACUCUGCCUGUCCUAGGCACCACCCCCACCCCCACCCCCUUUGGUGCUCUGCUAGCCCCUGUUCUAGAAUGGAGCCCAUCAAUGCAUGGGGGGACUGACGACAAAAAAACGAAAAGGCUUUACAAAAGGAAACAGGUUGGCAAGGCUUCUACAGCCUUGUUAAAUGUUCCAAAAUGUAUAAAAGUUUAUUGGAAUGGUCAGUUAAAGACGAGGAGGUAAAAUCCGUCAUGAUAAAGUGGGCAAGAGAUCUAGUUCACAACAUGUUAUACUAUUAAGGAAAACUAUAUGAAGAUCUUCUACCAUUGGUACAUAACACCGAGUAAAUUAGCAAUAAUGGACAAAAAUAAUUCAGACCAGUGUUGGAAACACAAGGAGGUGGGAUCAAUGUAUCCUGUUUGGGGGACCUGUAAAAGAAUGAGGGAAUUUUAAUUUAUAAUGAGUUGAAAAAGAUGUUCAAAAUUUCAAUUUCCCCAAAACCUUAGGCAUUUCUUUUAGGGAUAAUUGGGAGGGAGAUUCCAAGAGACUUAAAGAAACUAUUCAUGUAUGCCACCACAGCGGUGAGCGUUUUGAUUGCACAGAAUGGGAAAGUGAAACCAUACCAUUAAAAAAAAAAGAUUGGCUGAUUAAACUGAUGGAAUAUGCUGAGAUGGACAAACUGACACGGCAGAUAAGGGAUCAAGUGAAACAAAAAAAUAGUAAAGAUUGGAAUAUAUUUCAACAAUACCUGAUAGACCACUGCAGAGCACUAAAAAUUUUGACUGGUUUAGGUUAACUCUUGUAAUGGGAAACAUUAAAUAGUAAUGAAAAGGUUUGUUACCACUAACCUAGCUUUAUUAUGAUACGCACUCAACCAAGAACUUUAAAAGACCCAAGUAAGAAGGGCAGGGAAGUCAGAGGUAAUUAGAAUAUCAAAGAAUCAAAGGAACAAGAAUAUAUCUUUAUUUUUCUUUAUUAUGAUUUAGAAUUACAUGUUUAUCAAUAAGAAAACUGAAAUUUUUCGUUGUGAUUUCAUGUUGAGAAAGCAUUUCUGUUGUAAAAAAAAACUAAUAAAGAUGAAUUAGCAAAAAAUAAAAGUUCCCUAGCUAGCAUCCCUCCUCUUCUGCAAAAAUAAAACAUAAAAAAUGGAGACUACUUUUGAGUAGGUGCCUUGUGGAUCUACAGUCCCACCAGCAAUUAGCACAGGAUGGGAAUAGCUGGCAAGCAGCAAGUAUGAUACAAAUAGUAGGCAGUGGGCUGUGUUGGGACACACAGUCUCAUGACCUUAUAAAAGACCUUGCAAGGCUAUGGCUUGGCAAAGGCUGAUUGUGCCUCCUGCUGAUGACACUGCCUUACAUAAGCCAGCCUAUCCUUGGAUCGCCAUGGAUUGGGAAGCUUGUUCUUGCAUAAUAAUGGUGUGGUUUUUCUCCUCCUUCCCUCCACCCCAGCAGUAAUAGCAGUUACAUAAAAUAUUACCCAAAGUGUUUUGAUUUAUUAUCCAAAUUCUGGUUCAAACAAAAUCUGCUGCAGACUGGGGAGGGGUUCAUUGCAUUAGAGAGCCUGCUUCCAAUAAGUUACUGUGCUAUGGACAACAGUACUGGCUGUUCCCGAUUUGCCGCUCUCUGUCCCUCCCAAUAUCCAGGCAGUUUAAACGGCAGAACAAAGUAAUGCAAUAGCUUUUAACCAUUAACCACAAACAGCCUGGUUAAUGUGUAGCAGUGUUUCUCUCCCCCCAUCCCCCUUCACUGGGAGCCAGCGUGGUGUAGUGGUUAAGGGCGGUGGACUUGUAAUCUGGUGAACCGGGUUUGAUUCCCCGCUCCUCCACAUGCAGCUGCUGGGUGACCUUGGGCUAGUCACACUUCUCUGAAGUCUCUCAGUCCCACUCACCUCACAGAGCGUUUGUUGUGGGGGAGGAAGGGAAAGGAGAUUGUUAACCACUUUGAGACUCCUCAGGGUAGUGAUAAAUUAGCAGGAUAUCAAAUCCAAAGUCGUCGUCUUCUCUCUUCAUAUAAACAUGGGUGCUUCCUAUUUCCCAGAGAAUAGCCGCAUGCUUUAAGAAAAGCUUUCCCAAAGACAGAAAAUGCACUGCACCCCAACAGCGCACAUGAUGUGACGUUGGAGGCAUGCGUUGUGGUGCAAUUUAGGAGAGCGUCUAAUCAAAGACACCAACUGCAUGACGCAAAAAACCAAAUUGAUAGCAACUUGUUGACAGUGAAAACGCCUAAAAUCAGGAUUCUGUUGCUAGUGUUGCUCUUUUCUCUAGAUUCCAGGUAAAGUUGCCAAGCAGUGUGUACCGUUGUGUCUUCGAAUCGGUGGUGCUCUUGUUCAUAAGCCCUAGGUGUAUAGCCUAGUGUAGCUGCCAAGACAGAGCCCAGUGAGUAGGGGAUACAGAAGGGCUUGCAAUUUAGCUUGUUGGCCAAAGGAUGGGUUCAAACACCUGGACUUCAACUCCUAUAAGUACUAGAGAGCAUGGCCAUUGGCCAGGGGUGAUGGGAGCUUUGUCCAACAACACCUGGAGAGCUCCAUUCCUCACCUCUACUGUAGGUAACAUAUACACUGGGCUGUUCCUAAUGGCAUAUUACAAUUUUUUUGUGGGGUUUCCCACAAAGAAAGAAAAAAAAUGUAGCAAGACCCAAACGUUGUGAGUGGUAGUUGAAAGUGGGGCAAACAUCUUGUCAGAUGUUCUCACCCAGAUGGUUCAAUUGAUCCAAAAUAACUCUGAAACAAGUGAAGUAUGAACACCUUACCCCAGGCAUGGCCACACUUGGCCCCCCAGAUGUUUUAGGACUACAACUCCCAUCAUCCCUAGCUAACAGGACCAGCGGUCAGGGAUGAUGGGAAUUGUAGUCCCAAAACAUCUGGAGGGCCAAGUGUGGCCAUGCCUGCCUUACCCUAUCAAACGGCUCGUGGACAAAUCCCUUUCCACACCUGACCUGCUCCGACGGACGUUCUUUGGUUGCUCAUCUGUUGCUCAGCUACAAGUCAAAGUCUACUUGCAUGCAUGGAACAAAUCACCCUCUGAGCUUUCGGUCCGAAUUACUUUUUCAAAAUGGAGAGUUCAGAUGUUUUGCUUUGUCGUUCGCUGAUGUGCGCACUAGUUUGUUUCUUCUUCCAAGACCGAUUGUCCUGCUUUCCGCCCCAGUUGAGAGUGUGCAUUCCAAAUGAAGCUUGUAUUACGAAGUUCUGAAGGUGAUCUUAAAGCUCUUGUGGCAGUUCCAUUUUCUCUCUCUCUUGUUGUUUUUCCUAGGCGGGAAAAGCCCACAGACUAAGCGGCGAAGAGAGAGAACAACUGCUGCCCAAUCUCAGAGCUGUUGGAUGGAAUGAGGUGGAGGGUAGAGAUGCCAUUUACAAGGAGUUCCACUUCAAGGAUUUCAAUCGGGUACAAAGAAUAAUAAUAUCCCCGCAUCGUAGUUCUUUUGUCUGCAUUUUAUUUUAGGGAAGCUCAAGGAGGUUUAUCUUCCCGCCGGAGUGGUACCUAUUUAUCUACUUGCACUUUGAUGUGCUUUCGAACUGCUAGGUGGGCAGGAGCAUGGACCGAACAACGGGAGCUCACCCCGUCGUGGGGAUUCGAACCACCAACCUUCUGAUCGGCAAAUCCUAGGCUCUGUGGUUUAACCCACAGCGCCACCCACGUCCCCACCCCUCAGGGUAAUAGCUUAACUUAAAUGCAGUUUAAGCCUCCCCUUCUCUACCAAAUUAUUACAUUGUGUACAGUACUGUGGUGUCAAUGACUGUCCAUUCUUUUAAACUCUGUAAGAGUCAAUGACAAGCUUGUGCAGAGAGAAAUGAGUAUUGGUUGAUAUUUAUGAAGUUCAUCAUGUGCGAACUUCCAUGUGUGUGUUUUCCUAACUCACUCUUUGCAUCUCGUGAGCAGGCCUUUGGAUUUAUGACCAGAGUUGCUCUGCAGGCAGAAAAACUGGACCACCACCCUGAAUGGUUCAAUGUCUACAACAAGGUAAGAGAGAACAGUUGGCUGUCCAAGCUUAGACAAAGCGGUCUGCGGCUGCAAUCUUAUAAUAUACACCCUUCACCUGGGAGUAAGCCCCGCUGAGCUCAACGAGGCUAACAUUUUGAGUAGACAUGAGUAGGAUUGAGCUGCAUGUGAUUAAAUGCUACUGGCUUAAGAUCAAGAUAACCAAAUGUGCUUUCCAUCUCCCCAAUUCCCAUUGUGUUUCCCUCCCCCCUUAAGCAUGUACCAUUGAGGAGCCUAGGAGAGGGGUGUUAACCCUCCCUCCAAAAUGUCACCUACCAGCUACAUUUUACCCCUGCCAGCCAACUUGGGCCUGUCCUCUUCCUUUCAAAGGUAUGGUAUUCUGCAGCGCCUUGACAGGGGGCAGUUAGAAAUCCAGGAAGCUGCCUUAGACAGAGCCAGAAGAUGGGUGCAACUUAGCUCAGUAUAGUCUACCCUUGACUGGCAGCAGCUGUCCAGGUGUCAGGCAUGGGGCCUUCCCAGCCCCAGCUGCAAAUGCCAGGGACUUAUGCUGCAAACAAGUCAGAUUCUCUACUACUGAACUACAGUCCUCUGCCUGGGUAAACAACUCUUCCUUUUCCAAUGCAAAAGAAGGGGAAGGAACCACUAGGGCUUUGCUAUAUAUGCCUAUAGCGUACUGUAAUUCAUAGUCUUCCUCUUAGGCUGCAUAAAGGGAGGAUCGUGUCUCUUGGCCAGGGCAUCAGUAUUUCUUUUUUCCACUUUAAAAUCAGUGUUUCGCCAGCAGUUAAGAAGCAACAGAGCUCUUUAGAAUUCCCCUAGAUCCAAAGUGGAUCCUUCUAAUGUAUGUGGCAUAGAUGAAGCCAGAGCUUUCCAAACACUGUGUUGGCUGCAGUGUGUAGGUGUGUUGCGCCAACGCUCCCCAUGCUCCUCCCGGGGCCGGAAAGGGGUUAGUUCACUAGUAAAAACUGAACUACUGUGUCACGAAAUGAUGCAAAACUGAAUUAUACCGUGCUCUGAAAUGAUGCACGUCUAAAAGGCGUGUCACCAACAUCAAAAGUUCUGGAUUAAGCCUUAAGUUGUGCUGGUGUACUCUCUGGGGCCGAAAGUAAGAGAUACUUCGUACAGCGGUACUAAACUUUUAAAAUGUGCCCUACUUCUCUAGGGUGCUUGCAAACUUGAUGUGCUUCCUGUAUUCCCACUCAGCAUGAUGACUACAUUUUUAUUUUAUUUUUUGUAUUUGUAGGUUCACAUAACCUUGAGCACCCAUGAGUGUGGAGGCUUAUCGGAGCGGGAUAUCAACUUGGCCAGCUUCAUAGAGCAAGUGGCAAACACACUGGCUUAGAAUCGGCCACCCUUGCCAUCUACAGUCUUCGGUUGACCAAGGCAAUGCCAAGGGAGAAGUGUGAGAUGUUGAUGCAAAUAGUUUUUAUCCAGUUGCUGACAAAGCCUUAGUAUUAGCCCAGUGCAUGAUGGUACCCUGUCAUUUUAAAAAUCCAUGCCAUUGCAUUAUUUUGCCUCUUAGAAUUCAGUGUUGCUACUCCGUAGUCUGUUCAAGCAGUAUUAUACCAGCACAGUAAAAAACUACCUUUGGGGUAGGCGAGAUACCGUCCAAAACUGGUUUGAAGUCCAUAUCGUGAUAUCCGUUUCAUAAUUUUUGACCUGCCGAUAUAUCGUGAAUCAUGGUGUAUGUUUGUGCUAUGCAAAAAUCACAUUGUGGGGACAACCGUGAAGCCAGCCAGUGCCUCUACAUAGCUCCAUCCUUUAUUUCAGACAUCGUGAUAUAUCGGUCUAUUGCAGUGUUUUUAGCUGGUGAUAAAACCAGGUAUCGCCCAGGCCUGCCUGUGAUACAGUUACAGUCAACCUGGCUUGUGACUUAAGCAGUUUACAAUAAACCUAACAUCUGUCCCGUUACCCGAGUCUUACCUUCUUUCUGCUGAAGGGCAUAUUCUAGAACACCAAUGAGCAGACUGAACUCAAACCAGGCAUUUUCUCUACCAGGGCACGAUAAAUGAUUGCAUGCUUUUUGAGAAAAGAAAGGUGUGUGUGUGUGUGUGUGUGUGUGGGAUUUUGAGGCAAGCCUGCCACCUUAUCCAGCAUCCUAUUGGGUGGAGGAAGGGCACAGGACUGCCCUCCAUUGCCAUGUCCUCUUUUCAGCUUUACAGUUACUUCAAUGAGCAUAAUUAAAUGGUUAGAGUGUCGACCUGGGAGAGCAGGGUUCAAUUCUCUACUCGGCCAUGAUGCUCACUGGAUGACCUUGGACCAGCUACCAUCUCUUAGCCUAACUUACCUCACAGGGUGGUUGUGAGGGUGAAAUGGGAAGGAGGAACCAUGUACACCACCUCGAGAUCCUUGGAAGAAAAAGCUGGCAUAUAAAUGUAAUAAAAAUGUCUCUCAAGUUUGAGGUGGGUGGGGUAGGGAACUAGGAUGACUUUCGGAUCCAAACCAUUUCCUAGAAUGUCCCAUUUCUAGUUGUACCAUGAGAGAAGGGAGAGAAGUCCCUUGAGAGGUCCAAGCUGUGAUGUCAGGAGAACAGAUCUAGUCUAUGCUCUGGCCCCUGGGACCAUAGGAUUGCACCCUUCAGUAAACAUCAUCUGUGAGUGUUUGUCUCAAAUACAGUGGUACCUUGGUUCCCAAACGGCUUAGUUGUCGAACAAAUUGACUCUCAAACCCAGAAAUGUUUCGGUUUGCGAACGUUUUUCGGAAGCUGAACGUCCUCUGCAGCUUCCGAUUGGGUGCAGGAAGCUUCUGCAGCCUAUUGAAAGCCACGCCUUGGUUGCUGAAUGGUUUCAGGAGUCGAAUGGACUGCCUGAAUGGAUUAAGUUUGAGAACCAAGAUACCACUAUACAGUGGUACCUCGGGUUAACUACUUAAUUCGUUCCGGAGGUCCGUUCUUAACAUGAAGCACCACUUUAGCUAAUGGGGCCUCCCACUGCUGCCGCGCCACCGCUGCGCGAUUUCUGUUCUCAUCCUGAAGCAAAGUUCUUAACCCGAGGUAAUAUUUCUGGGUUAGCGGAGUCUGUAACCUGAAGCAUCUGUAACCUGAGACAUAUUUAACUCGAGGUACCACUGUACCUGAAAAGGAAAAUGGAAUGUACUCUUACAUUUUACAUUUUUGUAAAACCAAGUUAAAAACAAAUUUGGCAGCAGACCUGCAUUUGUAAUAAUACUUGAUAAUUUGUGGAAGGCUGUACAAUACUUUGGAAGGAAAGGCCCCAAUAGGUGAGUACUUACUCUCUUAAUUUGAAAAAAGUUUACUGGUGAAUGCAGCUCUACAUUUAAAAAUCUUAUCUGCUAAAUGGAAAAGUCAUCCCAACAAUAUGAAAAACACAACUAUUUUUUUCUGCCCUAGAAAUUUUUUAUUUUAAACCUGGAAUUGUAUACAUGAUGCAUGAUAAAGUAAACAUGGAUUAUGCGUUCAAAAUAAAAUAGUACCGAGACAGUAUCCUACAGGAUAAUUUUUUUAAAAAGUGGUAUGCAAACACAUGUUCGACUUCCUGAUUGGACUGCAAAACCCAACUCAUUUCUUGCAGAAACUGACAAGAGUUUCAUUCCACUCUAAAACAUAAUCAGAACUACUUGAAACACAUUUCUGGGUGAAUUAUGCACAAGGAUGUUAUGGUCAAAUGUUUCCCUUUCUUAAACAAUGCAGAACUGUCAACUUGGUGAACAGCACACAGUAAUAAGUUAUCAUGAGUUCUGUACAAGUCCAAGUUGUAUGCAAAGCAUUCUGGUUGGACUGGCUAGAUUUAAAACUAAUUCAGAAAGAUGGCUAUGGAGGGCUAAGCCAAUAUUCCCAAUAGUCAAAAGGGAACAUGUCCCGCGGAACAAAUCAAGCCACAAAAAGGAUUCUGUCAUAAUGGCGGAAAACAAUGUGCUUCACAAAUCUACAAUUCUGUAAAUUCACAUUUGUGCUUCCUUCAAAGGAAGCACUGCUACCAAGUAGGAGGUAAUGAAAUAUUUCAUGAGACUAACCCAGUGAAGUACUUAGUGCUGUAUCAAAAUGGCUCAAGUCCCAACUGAAAACUCUGCUUUCAGCCUCACUUCAAGCCUUGGAAGAAGCUACUGGUGCCUGCUUUUCUCAGCUUUGCGCAGGAAUUAUAGCUGUUUUCUAAAAGCAAACUGUAUACAAUCAGAAUACAAGUUACCACUCCUCCUAGUCAGCAGGUAGCCCAAAACACAGUUGUGAAGUCCUGUUCUACCUAUAAAUAGGAACGGGGAGAGGAAUGUUUUCAUUAUACCUGAGGCUGAUUCACCACUGAGGUUGCUUUCAGUGUAGUACCACAAAAGAGUUGAUCACCUGUUGACUGACGGUAUUCAGCUCCCUUCCUGGGCUUCCCAGGGGGAAUGCUAUCAACAUUAAGGCAAACCUGUGAGUGCUCUUUUUAGAAAUGUGCCUUACAGUCAACGCAGCACAAACAAAGCCAAACGGAGUCCGCUAUUGUAAGAUUACAUUUAAAAUGAAACAAAAAGUUGAUGUUAGUGCUCUCCACUUUUAUAAAAGCUCACAACCAGUUGCAGGAAGGAGAGCAGAGCUCUGGACUUCUCAAAAUCCAAUUCUGGCACCUAGGAAUCGCAAAAUCGCUUUCUAACACUGCUGAGAGUGCAUUAUUUUAAGCCAGAGCAAAACAUUCAGAUAACUGAAUAAGUGUGUUGCCCUUGAAGCUGUUCCACAGAUAUGCCACAACUCAAUAGGGCUGUGGGUGGCACUGUAAAAAAAUCCAGGGAAAGAGGAAAGCAGCAAGAUUGUACCAUGGGAGAAAUGAACAGUUAAGUACCUCAUAUCUCCCUUUCAGAGCAAAUCCCACACUUGGUGAAUUGGAAAAAACAAACAAACGAGUUUCUCCUUUCUCCUCUUCCAACACUUUCAGUUCUUUUCCCAUGGCUCAUCAUUCAGCACAAACAGACAAAGAAGCCAAGCAGGAGGAAGGAAAGGAAUGUAUAGAUUCUGAACACCUGAGAAUGAGGGGAGUAGAAUGGAGUUGCAGUGGCCAUAAAUAUAGCUGUUCUGUUGAAGACUAGUAGUAGCAGCAGUGAGCAAGUGUGAAGAAACACAAGGAGUUAGUAUUAGAAAGAAAGGGGGGAGGGAAACCACUUGACUCUGAAAACUCACAUAAGCAAAAUGGUGAACAGAGCCGAUGCUUAUCAGAAAGAGAGAUGGGACAAGAACAGAGAUCAAGCUGCCAUAUGAUCUGCAGGAGGACCAACAUUCCCUUCCCCUGGAAUUCUUUAGAAUACCAUCCAUCAGCGGACAAGGCACACAGAAUCAGUGGUGGCCUGGAGACCCAUUCACAUGUGCUUCAGACGAAGGAGACAUUUCCGUGCUGUACAGGCAGUCCAAGUAAGCACCAGCAAUCUCUGAAAUCAUAUUCCUGUCGGGGAUGGCUUGGGCCAUGCCAUAGAUAGCACCCUAUAAAAGUCAAAACAAAAAGAAAAGUCAGUAAACGCGUCCAAGCUUUUUUUUUUUUUUGCAAACGUAAGACGCUCCUGCUGAAAUUCAAACCAAAGCAUCCCCUUUGAAUUUGAGGGUCGUCUUACCAGGCCAGUGGUCUUGCCCUUGGGGAACUUCAUGAGAUCAUGGACACAUUCUUUGAUGUCGCUCAGCAGCUGUUCAACCACCCCAGGCUUCGUGUGCACUUGGGUUAAGCAAAAAUGAAUACUAGGGAAGGAGA